AGAUGGCAUAGUGGAGGAAAAAGUUAUGUUUGUAGCAGGUGUGCAAAAUCUGUGAUUAGUAGCUCCGUGUUGAUUAGUCAUAGGGUUCAGUCUGGAGAAUGGUUAUAUAAGUGUCGUUGCUGUGCAAAAUCUUUUCCCUCUAUGCCUGCCCUCUCACAUCAUAAGAGAACUCACACAGGGGAAAGACUGUAUGAGUGCAGUGAUUGUGGGAAAUGUUUUACCACUAGUUUGAUUCUCCGUGCUCACCAGAGAGUUCACACAGCAGAAAGGCCUUAUGAGUGCAGUGAAUGUGGCAAGUCCUUUGUCUGAAGAUAUAGCCUCAAAGAACAUGUAAAGAUUCACUCAGGUGAAAGGCCUUAUAAGUGUAAUGAAUGUGAGAAAUCUUUUAAGUGGAAGUCAACUUUGAUUAAACACCAGAGAGUUCACACAGGAGAAAGGCCUUAUGAGUGCAGUGAAUGCAGGAAAUCUUUUAUCUAUAGGACUCCUCUCCAUUAUCAUCAUAGAAUUCAUACAGGAGAAAGGCCUUAUGAAUGCAGUGAAUGUGGCAAGUCCUUUGUCCCAAGAAAUAAUCUCAAAGUACACAUAAAGAUUCACUCAGGUAAAAAGCCUUAUAAGUGUAAUGAAUGUGGGAAAUCUUUAAAAUGUAAGUCAACAUUGAUUAAACACCAGAGAACUCACAUGGGAGAGAGGCCUUAUGAGUGCAGUGAAUGUAGGAAAUCUUUUGCCACUAGUUCUGUCCUUCAUUGUCACCAGAGAGUUCACACUAGAGAAAGGCCUUAUGAGUGCAGUGAAUGUGGGAAGUCCUUUACCACAAGGUCUGUCCUCCGUGAUCACCAGAGAGUUCAUGCUGGAGAAAGGCCUUAUGAGUGCAAUGAAUGUGGGAAAUCUUUUACUGCUAAUUCGGCCCUCCAUUUUCACCAGAGAGUUCACACUGGAGAGAGACCUUAUGAGUGCAGUGAAUGUGGCAAGUCUUUUGUCCGAAGAAAUAGCCUGAGCGUGCACCUAAAGGUCCACUCAGGUGAAAAGCCUUACAAGUGUAAUGAGUGUGGGAAAUCACUGAAGUGUGUCAACUCAACAUUCAUUGAACACCAGAGAAUUCACACUGGAGACCGUCCUCAUGAAUGCCGUGAUUGUGGGAAAUCUUUUACUUCUAAAUCUGCCCUUCAUUCCCACCAGAGAGUUCACACUGGAGAACGGCCAUAUGAGUGCAGUGACUAUGGGAGAUCUUUUACCACUGCUUCUCACCUUCGUUCUCACAAGAGAGUUCACAAUAGUGAAAGGCCUUACGAAUGCAGCGAAUGUGGCAAGUCCUUUUCCCAAAGGAAAGUCUCAAUGUACAUAUCAAGGUUCUCUCAGGUGAAAGGCCUUACAAAUGUAGUGAAUGUGGGAAAUCUUUGA